AUGGGGCGCGUGACACCCGGGGGUAAAAAGCCAUCCCCCCUCUGGGGUCCUGAGCGCCAGCCCUCCGCACGCCUGUGUGUCUCCCCCCCACCUCCACCCCCACCCCAGAUGCUGUCCCUUCACACCGGGGUAGGAUCCAGAAGUGAAACUGCUCCGGGUCACAGCCCAGCGCCGCCGCUGCGCCCCGCCCCGCCCUUCGGGGCACUGCAGCCCCGCAGGAUCUCCCAGGGCUCAGGCGACUGCCGGGAGGAAACUGGGGGAGGGGAAGGGGAAGUGCCCCGAGGGGCAGUCUGCAGAGCGCGGCCUUCUCUCCUGGGGGUGCCCGCGCGUAACCACGAGUGGGAACCUCGAGAGGCGUCGACCUGCGCAGCGGGAGCCAAGGGGCGGCGCCUGCACUUUCCGCCACGGCCACUGGGUGUCACUGCCGCCACGCGCCCGAGAGGCUCGGGCGCCGUCAGGAGGCGGGGGCGCGGGUCCCGGGGAACCAGAGCGCCCCGCCCGCGGCGCCCACCAGGUCCUGCCCGGCCUUCGCCGUUGAGGCCCCGAGAAGCUUGGCUGCGGCGCUCAGGCCUCCCUCCCCGCCUGGCGUCCGGAGGCCCCCCACGCAGCCCACCAACUGGAGUGAAGAACAACCUAACUCCGUGCCCCGCGACGAACGGGCCCACGGCUGUGGCGCCACGCGAGCCUCCUUCCUUGGGGACCGGGGACCGAAGCGCGUACUCUGCGGCCCCCGAGCGCGCCCCCUGGAGAAGCGGGCCGGACUUACCCCGCGCCCGCAGCCCCUAG